CAGAAUCUCGCCCGGAUUAUCUUUUUUGACACAGUGCAGAGUGAGCUUGGUCAGCUGAUGCUGGGCUGACACAGUGUAUAAUGGCCAGCUUUCCUGUCAACCCUCAAUCGCAAUCUUGGGUGAGCAGGCGUUUCCGAGCACAUCAAGAACAGACGAUACAUCCAAAGCCAGUUCAACCUGUGAUGACCAGCGUCGAGGUAGGCAGCCUAUGCAGUCAAAACGAAUUGCAGGCGAUAGAACGAUUGGCGGAAGACCUAAGAAGCGCCAAAAAGAACUUGACCCACUGGAUGGAACAAUUCACAAGCGACCCUAAUGGACUUGACCGAGGUUUAGCAAACGCCCUACUGAAACUCAGAGAAGCACUGGGAAAACAAAAGUGGCAGCUGGAACGACCUCGGCGAUAUAGAAUGCAAAUCGUCGUCAGUGGAGCACAAUAUCUGGAUGAAGUAACUGUACAUCAAGUGGAGUGUUUCAACCGAAUAAACGAGUAUUGCUCACUCGUCAUACGACAAGCUGUUACGCUUGAGAAUUCGUGUGCAGAAUACCUCUCAAAUAUGGAGGCUUCCAGAACAAAAGCUCGCUCCGACACAACCAAUCAGCCGAUGCCAAAUAUCGGAAUGGUGUCUAUUUUUCUGAAUCCCUCACCCGAUGGUAAACUGCCGGAUGUGGAGAAACGGGUACGCGCUGCGCGUGAGAUGCAAACCAAAAUGAACAAGAUUGAACGUAUGGUCAAGGAAGCCGAAGUGACAAUGAAUUUAGGAAGGAAACUCUUCAACGAAUUGGUUGAUAAAUGUGCCACUCAUCUCCUACAGUCGGACAUUUGAGCAACUGUCGUGGGGAACUUGUAUAUACUUGACAGAUAAACCCGA